CAGUUGAAAAACAGACACCACCGACACGACAACAAGUGAAAAAGAGAGAGUUAACAAUUCCACACGAUUAUGAUUUCAAGAAUAAAAACCUGGAGCCGUUCACCGCUCAUUCCGGCCAGAGAUCAUGGGUCAGCGAUCCUUCCGCCGGCAGAUCGGCCGGAACCCAUUCCGGAGCUGUGCGAAGAAAAGCAGCCCGUCAUGGGCUGGCUGCUGGGCUGGGAAUACGGCCGGAAAUGGCUCGAGAGGCGCGAUGACAUCCAGCGACACCGGAACUUGGUCAGCAAGUUCGGCCGGAUUCCGCCGGACUUCAACUGGUGGCUCAACCAGCGCAGGCCGCUCUUUGUGCGCCAGCAGCGUUUCCGAACCAAGGGCGGACCUCGUCCCCGGAAACCAAUUACGGCCUUCGACGUUUCCAAGCAGAGGCGUGAGGCUCAACACCAACAACUCUUGAAGAGUGAGGCCAAAAAUCAGUAAAGCAAAAAGAAACCCUUUGCCCUGCCUGGCUUAAGCCAUUACUUUAGUUAAAACCAAAACUUUGACAAAAUUGCUAAGCCGAGCUCGACACCAUCACAAUUAUAUUAUGAUGCAAAUUGUCAUAAACAAAUUUUACGAAAAUCAUGUGCCUAAUAGAGCAGCUAGCAUGCAACAUAUUUUUGAAUAAAUGUGUAGUAUUAAAGGCAGGAUCUGAAUUCCAAUGCUGUCCGUUUUGUAUCCUUUAGUCGUCGAAUAAAUGACAGCAUAAGCUUAACUGUUAUUACCCCAA